CCCCCCCUGGCGGCACAAACUGCACAUCCGUCCAUCCAUCCAUCCAUUUCUCUCAUGCAUGCAGCAGUGAAGCAGCCAGGCAACCGCUGUCACCACGCUUCUUCGUCGUCUUCCCAAUCCAUCGCCACCACCGCCCUACCCUGCUGCUCCUGCUGCUGCUGGUGGUGGUCCUGAUGCUCGACGUCGUCUCCCCAGCCGCCCCAGCCGCCCCAUCCACCGCUCUCCUGCUCCUGCUUUCCGUCCUCCUCCCCAUCGAUGGCCAUGGCCUGGUCGAUGGUGUCGUCGUCCAUCUCGUCUUCUGGUUCGGUGUCAGAGUGGAUGGAUGGGGGCGGGGUGAAGGAGACCGUCACCAGUGACGGCUGAGAGGGGUCGGCGAAGGAGAAGUGGUGGUCGUCAGAGAGGACCUGGAGCAGCGUCUGCUGGUCGUUCAGACACAGACGACGGAGCUGCACACACACACACACACACUCACACAAGGCGCCACAGACAGGCAUCCAUCGAUCCAUUUACACGCCCAUCCAUUAAUGUAUCUGAUCUGCGUGUCUGCCCACACACUAACUCACUCACUGACCUCUUUGGCGCUCUCAGUGUCUUCCUGCCACACGUCGGUGAGGUCGAGGGUCUGGUCGGGGAUGGCCUCGGCCUCGACCUCGAGCUCCUCAUCGGUGGGCCGGCCAUAGGGUUCCAUCGGGGGCCUGACACACACCGGACACCACCUAGCCACAGAGCCACCGACAGGUGGUGUCCGUAUGCUCGUGGGUCUGGUGUUGUGUGUGCCCAUGUGUGUGGGGGGUGGGGGAGGGUGGGGCUUACUGUGCAAAGCGCUGGACGAGACCGACAAUCCGAGACUGACAAACAAAGACACAGACAGACAGACAGACAGUGAUAGAUGCUCGCUAUGUAGGUCUCACUCCUUUGUCUCUCUCUCUGUCUGUCUGUCUGACCGUCGCUGGAUCGCUCACCGUUCGGUCGUAUCCCUCGUCCCUCACACUGGGCCACCAGAAGCCGUCGAAGUCCUUCCACCCCGCCACUUCCCCGCCCCCGCCCCCGCCCCCUGCACCAAUGGCUGCACCGCCAUCAUCCUUCCUCCGAAACACAGCACACUGAGUGCAGCACCCAUACGCCUGGGACAUGGCCCACGCGGCGGCAUCCGGCGCACACUCGGUCGUGUACGGCACACCCAGCACACUGCUCGUAGCUGCGGCCGUGGCUUUGCCUGAGGCGUCGAUGUAGCUGUCGGGCGGCAGCAGCCUGACGAUGCCGAAUGGCUUGCCGUGUCGCGAGUGGCUGAGCGUGGUAGGGUUGGUGUAGAUGAAGGUGGGCGUGUUGGUGUUGGUGUGUGACGGAGAGGGAGAGGGAGAGGGAGAGGGAGGGGGAGGGGGAGGCAGGAGAGAGGGCGGCGUUGGGUGGGCCGGUGUCGGCGAGCCGACGCCGACGAAGAAGACGUCAUAGUUGGGGUAGCUCUUGCAGACGGACAGGCACCACUCCUAUCGCCAGACAGACAGACAGACACACAGACACAGACCAGCGUUGGCAUUUUUGCGUUGGCGCGGGUUCGUGCGCUUGGUCACCUGGAACUCCUGGCGCGUCCACUCGAACUUGUGAUCAGAGUGGCGAACGAAACUGCACACGUGGACACACACAGCCAAAUGCACCAUUUGUCCUUUCCCCAGCGUGUGUGUGUGUGUGAGAGUGGGCACGUUGGUUUGUCGGAGAAGAGGGGGUUGAAGUCUUUGUUUGGCGUGGUGACGAGGCACAUGGCUGGGCAAAGGUCGCCAAAGAUGCUCUUGCUGAGGGCCGGCAGGUCAGCAGGCUGCAAAUGCUCAAUCCUGGCGAGUAGCGUCACACACACACACACACACACACAGAGAGAGAGAGAGAGAGGGAGAGAGGGACUGUGUGCAUCAAUUGUCCAUGUGUGUGUGUGUAAUUCGGGGGCGGUGCGUACACUUCGAUGAGCGUCACUGCGUCGGGCCAGCCCUUGUACUCAAGCGGCACACGCAGAAUGUCCCCUACAUCCACACACACACACAGCGCGACACGAGCAUCCACUCGAGCACCCACACGUCCACCCAGCAGCCCUCUGUGUCGUCUCAGUCUCACCUUUGAGCAGCUUCAGCCUGAGCGGAAAGUCCCGCCGCCACGCCACACACAGGUGCCGACCGAACGGGGCCACACACCACUGGCAGACACGCACGCACGCACACCCCACAAUGCAAUGCAGCCAGCGAUGUCCAAAUCACAUCCACGCCUCCUUCUCUGCAUGUGCGCGGCGUCUAUGCCAUGCUCACUCACUCCCUCCCUCCCUCCCUAACUCACCCUGUCGCUGUCGAAGAGGGCAUUCUCGUCGGUAUCGACGCCAACCUGACACAAACCACCACAUACCACACCACACCACGGCAUACAAGGCGCAUCGCAUGCACUCGUGGAUCUGAUCUGGUCUGGUCUGGUCGGUUGGUCUCACCACUAGUACACUAUCGGUGUCGAGGGCGUUGUUCAGGCCGAUACGGCCCAGCAGCUUCCCCUCGCCACAGCCCAGAUCAACAACCUGACAUCAAUGACAACCACACCACACCACACUGCGAUCCCCUCAAUCCCACCUCCCCCGCCACGCACCUUGUGAGCUCCACACGCUUCCAGAAGGUCGAUAGCCAGCCGCAUUCGCUGCAGCCAUACCGGGCUGCUGAAUUUCACCCCUCCUUUGCCGCCCUUGGACGGGCUCCCGCUCCCCUCCUCGAGAGUCAGCUCGCUGAUGCUCUUGUCGAUGCCGUCGAUGAGCAGCGCGCCGGCCUUGUCAGCGGCAUCGCUGCCGCGUGCAGGAGGUCCGCCUGGGUGGAGAGGGUCAGACUUACGACUGGGACCGGGAGCCGUCGUAGCGACGUCCAUUCUUCCAGAUGUUCUACUACCUAUACCGAACCUUCGAAGCUGUACUCGACUCGACGAAGCAAAUACAUGACUAAGCUCGCGUUUUAGGGCUUUGAGGUAACGGAAAGCGACCAGAUCGUCUGAUCUCGAGUCUACCGGGCAUCAAGACCAUCCAUUCACGCAGGCAAGAGAGCAAAGUGCAGGCGGGAUCACUAUUGCAAGCAGCUGGGGACUCAUCGCACAGAAGAAAGGCAGCAUCAAGUCACACCACACGACACACACGCACACUGCAGAAACCACACCACCGAGGCAGGCAUGCCACACGCCAUACACCAACGCGCACGCACCAGACUACCUGUGGGAGAAACUGUCAUUAACCGUAACACUCGUCUGUGUGUCCGUGAUACUCAUACAAAUACAGUCCCAUCAGCACGCAGAGUCAAACAGGCUCAAGGGGAGGAGGGAUCAAUCCCCGCCCCAUCAGCACACCCCAGUCC